AUGCCUGCCACGAAACAGGAGCUCUCCCUGCUAAUCAACCCGCUCGUCCCGGAAUCCGUCCAACACAAUAACAGAGUCCUCUCCCAACUCCACUCCCUCACCUCCUUCCUCCUAGGCCUCACGGCGGGCAUCCUCGCGCUGCAAUCAGCAACCGGCUUCGCGUUUUAUCUCCUCGGGACGGUGCUCGUGUCGGGAUUGUUUCAUUUACUUGUUCUCAGGCGGAGUGGCGGGAAGGGCGCUGGUGUUUUCUUUCCUGGUGCUGGGGGGGAGAUUGCGGGGAUUGAUGAGAGGGGGUUGGUUAAGGGGAAUGGGGGGAGGAGAGGCGCGUGGAGGGAUGUGUGGCUUGGGGGCGGGGUGCUUGGGGAGGCGCUCUCGGGGUUUAUUCUGGGGUGGGCGGGUGUUGGGGGUGUUUUGAGGUGA